CAUCAGUUGUGAUGAAAAUACCGACCGCGUCGGCACGAAAAUGAAUCUGUUUUUGCCGCUGCUACUCCUACUCACCGCCAACUACGCUUGCUCUUUCGACUGCUACUUCACCAAUUUCGACGACCUGAAGACGUUCGAUAAAAAUGCCGAAACGGUUAUAAAAGACUGCGAGGAUCACAUAGUGAACGAUAUAGGGUUUAUUCGACGGCCGAAAAAACCUAGCUUCUUGUGGAAAGCUCUGGAGGAUGACCCCGAAAUAAAAAAUAGCAUGCUGUCCUGGAACAUGAAUCACCGCUGCUACACGCUUAGUUUCAAAGCGCAAUUUGAAAACACGACUGAGGAUGUGAGGAUUCAGCUGUGCGACUACAAAGACAACUGCGAGCAUUUUUUCGACCGGGUGAAAGGCUUGGAUUUGUUGGUCGUCACCAACAUAACGUGCGUCGAGUGUUUCGGGAAUCUUUGUAACACUAAGGAUGCUGAAGAGAAAGAGGAAGUUUUUUACGAAGAAACUAGUUCGUAUAGACGGAAUUUAUCUAUAGGUGCCGGUGGAUGUGGAGUGGUCGGUGGCAUAGGUACCUUAAUACGUUUGCUGUGCUAUCGGAAAUCUAAAAAUAGCAAGUCAGUUAAUGUAUAGUUUAGUAAUGUUUAUGGACGCUUCAAUAUAUGUUUUGAGGAA